CACAUUAAGAACCAGCAAGAAAAACAUCGCUUAAAUCCAGAGAGGAUAUUACCGGCCUAUUUAAUGCUGAAACGCAUUGGAAACGUUUGUAGUCGGGAUUGGACGAGCAAAGGAAACGAAUUUUCUUCUUAUAGAAGCCGCAAAUAAGUUGAUAGCCACAACAUGAGAACCCAAACUGUUGUUGGAGUGCUAUGUGCAGUUGUUUUCUUCCAUUUGGUAUCCAGGAUGGAACGUGCUAACGCCAUCGGUAAGUGCAAGUUGCAAGAAUCAGCCUUCCAAAAAGCCCUUCAAGGACACACAUAUGACACAUUCAAAGUCAAUAGCCUGUAUGUUUGCGUCAGGAGAUGUGAUAAAGAAGGAAAGUGUCAGAGCAUCAACUUUGUUAUUGACGAAAGUAUCUGUGAACUGAAUAAGCAAAGCAAGGAGGCAAGACCAGACAAUUAUGUGACAGACCCAAGACGGAUUUACAUGACAGUAAAAUUUGGUAAAGAUACCUGGCCAUCCGGAACAUACGGACUUCCUCGUUCCAAGACUGGCUGUCCUCAACCCCCUAAUGGCUCUGAGUGGGAGACAGGCUGGAGGGUACAAGAUACGGAAGACUCUAACAACGGCAAUGGCUUCUCGGAUAGUUUUCAUUUAGAUGCAGUUGUUUUGGACAGUCAUGUGAACAGAAGUUUCUGCAUAAAACACGUACACAAAGUCGAUACUGGAGCGAAACCAUGGCCUCUGGGCCAAUAUUGUAUUUACAAGAAAGGCACUUGUCCAGUAGGACUCAGCGAAGGAUUUAUACAGUGGGAUGACGAAGACAUACGUAACAAGAACAGUAAUGGUGGAACACUUCCUGAUGGUACAUAUGACAAUGCUACAAAGAUAUCGUUUUGUUGUCAGACGAAUGGUAACAAAUCCGAUCCCAUCAUUCUCCCCGUGGACAAACCUUUUUACUUGCUAGCUUACGGUUCGUCUGAGUGUCAGAAAGUAGAGAGGGCCCUGGGUACUGAGGAGUAUAUACAAUAUGACAACGAGGACUCAAAUAACUCAGAUAAAUGGGGAGGGAGUCGCCCUUUUAUGGAGUAUUCAGACGUUACCAAGAUGAGAAUAACUUACUGUUAUUACCGUGCAGCAUGAUUAUUUUGCAAUAUUUAAAAUCUUUGCGGAUUUCGCAGAUUGUCUUUGCGAGUUAGUGUUAGACAACUGCGCACCUACCCCUCCCCUAACCCAAUAACAGUCGACUAAUAACAAGUUAGGGUUAAUAUUGGGCCAGGGAAAGGAUGGUGCGCAUUUUCUCAGAUACUGACGUUGAUCCAAAUUCAUUACCUUGAGCCCAAUAAGAAUACGUAAGGGAGGGGACAAAAGUUUUGAUGAUAUUUAUUAAGCAAUUUUUUCUAAGAUUCAAGGCGUUUAAGUGAAAUUUCUCUUAUGAAUUGAGUGAGCUGUAAAUCGACGAAAUUUAAUGUUGAAGGUCUACAAUCACUUUCUUGUUUUUUAAGGCAUUUGACAAAAAAGCACAUUUUAGCUUGCAUGUGAAUUUUAGCCAUAGGAACAUUCCGUAGGAACAAACAUGACCUUCAAUAGCUUUUUGCACUUCGUCAACAAUACUACAUGACUAUACAGCAUGUUCCGGCAGUUGAAUGGUGUUAAAGGAAUCCAAACUGCUUGUAUUCUAAUAAAUUACGUGUCUCUAAUCUAAGAAGUCAGCCAACCGCUUGAACAUAAGUUUUUCCAUCGUGGUCACUGCACAAAUGCAAAGAAUUGAAGAGCUCAUCUUUAAUAAAAGGCCUGUUACCAGUUGUUUGGAUUAUAUGUAUCACAUUCCUCGACGAAAGUCUAAAGCGCUUGAAGGGAAAUAAUUCUACUUGAAGAAAACUAACUAUUGCGUCGCACUCGUGUUAUAAAAUACUGCGUUCGAGAUGAAAAGUUAAAUCUGAGCGACCGCAACCGACUGAAUGACCAUCACAUUUUGAAUUAUCACCAAAAGUUUAUCUCCCUGUGUUAGUUUUGGAUCAUAAACCGAAUUGUUUAGAGGGGAUAUUAUGAUGUAUUUGAGUAUUUUGCGUUUUUUAAUUCGCUAGAUGCGAAAUUUUUCGCUUUUUCACUUGAAACGGCUGUUAUUUCAAAGCUAGAAGCCCAAAUUUACGCAAUGCUAUUCGAGGUAAAUUUCUUUCAUUGUUUGUGGUAACUCCACAUGUUAUGAGUAAUUAUUGUAAACAUAAGCUUCUAGAAAUCCCCAGACUGCUGAGUCAUGCUGACUUGCAUACCAAAGAACUUUUCAGAACGUUUCAUGAAGUCACGCAUUUGUUAUGUAAUACUUCUAAAAUAUCGUAAAAAAGGCUGUGGUUAUUCGUCGUGGUGUUGUCGGAGCGACGACUGUUUUGAAAGCUAUACCGAGAGAGAGUUACAGCGGAAGAUUGCUUAUUUCAAGGGCCUUUGGAGACAGCAGUGAGACUGUGUUAGUGGUGAGCUGGGAUAUAGACUGUG